AAGCUCUGCAACGAAGGACUAGGUCCAAGGACCGCAGGCGGAGGCGGGAAUUGUCAAGAUCCCAGGUUACGGAAUGGCACCGAGUUGGUGACCAAAGGAAGCAGGCACCUGGGUAUUCAAGGCAGUCCUACAGGGCGGCGCGGGGGCUAGGCCGAGGCCACUCCCUCCCACUUCCUCGACGCUAUUUCCUGGGAGGAGUUGGAGCUCGCGGCCCGGAGCCAAGAGACUCCCAGAGCCGUGCACCAAAAUACUAGACUUGGGGGAGGCGGGUUCCUGAGCGCGCGCCAGGACCGUUCUGCCAUGCAUAGUGGACCCAGCACUACAGCUAGCCUGGCACGACCUCUAGGGCGGUUCGCAGCGGCACUUGUACGUCGGCUCGUUGGUCUAGGGGUAUGAUUCUCGCUUCGGGUGCGAGAGGUCCCGGGUUCAAAUCCCGGACGAGCCCUCCUUUACAUUUUGCUGAAACGAGAGUGUCUUCAAGGAAUGUGUUACCUGACCAGCGCUGCAGGAGACUUGACUGGAAAUCAUCAAUGUACAGUAAGCUCUUUUGUGGCACCGGUAUAACAGAAGGAAUCUCAGCCCCCAGACCCGCCUGACAUGUCAGGAAGAGAGGAGGCACGCCCAGACUUGGGCAGGACGCUCCCUUUCUGCCUCCUGACUUCCUGCGUGGUGUCUCAACUCCGCCACCACAGCCUGAUUUCGGUUUGAUUGACACCCAUCAAUCUAUAGUUGUGGAUGACAGUGUUUGGGAGAGCCCAGGAACUGUCAGAACUUGGUUCUCUGCAGCCCUGGAGGCACUCUGUCUCUUUCGGUCACUCCAUCUGACGAUCGGUGCCUGAAAUACACCUACAGUUUCUGGUCGGCGUUUCUCGGUGGUUGGAAGAAAAGAACCCUUAGGAACUCUGCUGUCAGCAAGCCGAGUGUAAAGUCCCAGAUCAAGGAUUCGGAGACGACCGCUUAUGGCUCACUCCUCGUUAGUAUAGUGCUCUCCUCCCCCUUUCCCUCUAAGGAUGGCCCAGAAGGAGAACGCCUACCCCUGGCCCUACGGCCGGCAGACGCACAUUCCACCCGGGUCAUCAGACAAAGGCACCCUCAGAGCUACCCCCUGCUCCUUCUCAGGCUCCGUCUGGCCUGAGCACCCUGCCCCAGCGAGUCCUCCGGAAAGAGCCUGUUACCCCAUCUGCACUUGUCCUCAUGAGCCGCUCCAAUGUCCAGCCCACAGCUGCCCCUGGCCAGAAGGUGGUCGAGAAUAGCAGUGGGACACCCAACAUCUUAAUGCGGCACUUCACAAUUGAUGACUUUGAGAUUGGGCGUCCUCUGGGCAAAGGCAAGUUUGGAAACGUGUACUUGGCUCGGGAGAAGAAAAGCCAUUUCAUCGUGGCGCUCAAGGUCCUCUUCAAGUCCCAGAUAGAGAAGGAGGGCGUGGAGCAUCAGCUGCGCAGAGAGAUCGAAAUCCAGGCCCACCUGCACCAUCCCAACAUCCUGCGUCUUUACAACUAUUUUUAUGACCGGAGGAGGAUCUACUUGAUUCUAGAGUAUGCGCCCCGCGGGGAGCUCUACAAGGAGCUGCAGAAGAGCCGCACAUUUGACGAGCAGCGAACAGCCACGAUCAUGGAGGAGCUGGCAGAUGCUCUAAUGUACUGCCACGGGAAGAAGGUGAUUCACAGAGACAUAAAGCCAGAGAAUCUGCUCUUAGGGCUCAAAGGAGAGCUGAAGAUUGCUGACUUUGGCUGGUCUGUGCAUGCGCCCUCCCUGAGGAGGAAGACAAUGUGUGGCACCCUGGACUACCUGCCCCCAGAGAUGAUUGAGGGGCGCACGCACAACGAGAAGGUGGAUCUGUGGUGCAUUGGAGUGCUUUGCUAUGAGUUGCUGGUGGGAAACCCACCCUUUGAGAGCGCAUCACACAACGAGACCUAUCGGCGCAUCGUCAAGGUGGACCUAAAGUUCCCCGCUUCUGUGCCCACGGGAGCCCAGGACCUCAUCUCUAAACUGCUCAGGCAUAACCCCUCGGAACGGCUGCCCCUGGCCCAGGUCUCAGCCCACCCUUGGGUUCGGGCCAACUCUCGGAGGGUGCUGCCUCCCUCUGCCCUUCAAUCUGUUGCCUGAUGGUCCCUGUCACUCACUGGGGUGUGUCUGUGUUUUGUAUGUUUGUGUAUGUAUAGGGGAAAGAAGGGAUCCUGAACUGUUCCCUUAUCUACCUUCUACCUCCUCCUUUGUUUAAUAAAGGCUGAAGCUUUUUGUACU